AAUCAUCUCCUUUUUUUUUUGCUUUCUUCUCUCUGCGUAGUUGGAAGUGCCAGAAGACGAAGAACUCAUGAGUUCCCAGUUUUCGAGACCUCCGAUCUUCUCCAAUAAAUCUUCUUCAAAUAAACUUCCAUCUCUUCCUGCGCUUUUCCCUGCAUCAUUUUUGCAUUGUUGGCGUUUUUCCUGCCGGAUUUCGUGCCGAACUAUGUCUUGUUCUUCUGAGGACAUUCCUCCAGUACUACAAACAGUGAAAAUCUCAUAUUCAGAGCUCAAAGACAAGAAUGCAGAUUUGUCAACGAAGAUUGAGGAUGGCUUUGGACCCAAUGGGUUGGGGAUACUAUCUGUUUCACAAGUUCCUGGCUUUACUUCAUUGCGUAAAAAUCUCCUGAAUCUUUCACCAAGGUUAGCAAGACUUACUGAAGAGGUGAAGAAGGAACUUGAAGAUCCUGAUAGCAGGUACAACUUUGGAUGGAGUCAUGGGAAGGAGAAACUAGAAUCUGGCAAACCUGAUAUGUUGAAAGGCUCAUUUUAUGCAAAUCCAGUGUUAGAUACACCUACAGCUGAGGCUUCCCUCAUCCAACGUUAUGCAUCAUAUUGUCGACCAAAUAUAUGGCCUGGAAAUGCUUUGCCAGAACUUGAAGUGGCUUUCAAAUCUCUGGGGAAGCUGAUGCUGGAUGUAGGAUUGAUGCUGGCAUAUCAUUGUGAUCAAUAUGUAUCCAGAAGGAUGACAAUGUAUGAUAGCAAAGGCCUUGAGCAGAUACUUCUGCGUUCUCGGUGUCAUAAAGGUCGUCUGCUGUAUUAUUUUCCUGCAGAGAAGAGAAACUGUACCCAAGAUGGUGGCUCCAUGUCGUCGUGGUGUGGAUGGCAUACAGACCAUGGCUCGCUCACAGGUCUUACCUGUGGCAUGUUUAUGAGAGAUGCCAUAGAAAUACCUUGCCCUGAUAGUGCUGCUGGCCUUUACAUUAAAACAAGGACUGACCAAAUUGUCAAAGUUGUCUUUGGAGAAGAUGAAAUAGCAUACCAAAUUGGUGAAACCACCGAAAUACUCUCAAGCGGUUGUCUUUGUGCAACUCCACAUUGUGUUAGGGCACCGAAAGGAGAGAAGGCUUUUGGUGUGGAUCGUUCAACUUUUGCAUUAUUCAUGCAACCUGACUGGGAUGAAAAUCUCAAGUUUCCCAGGGACGUGCAUCUACAUCAGGAGGUAAUCCCACCAAAUGGAACUCUUACCUUUGGAGAGUAUUCAGAGAAGCUACUUGACAAAUAUUACCAUCUGAAAGCAUGAGAAAGCUGUCAUUUUCUUUGCCUACUGGGGUUAGUACUCUUAAAAGAACAAGGAAAUCGUUCAACUGUAUGUUAUAAAAAGGGUGACAUUUGAAAUACUCUACUACAUAUUAUUAUCAGCUUUUCUUUGCUUGCAUACAUGUUCCGGCCUCACCUCCUUUCUUUAUUUUAAAUAGAAUAACAAAAUUUUAUUGGCCACAUGGCUAAGAAAACUGUAUAUACUUUUGAGAUAAAGGUAUCUAAGAAUGUACAAAACCAUUACAGAUAAUAUAUUUUCCACCUGAAUACAGCUUACAUCCUUUAGAAUUUCA